GCAAGCAAGAGCAGCAAAAGCAGCAGUUGUGUGUUGGCGAAGUUGGCGAAACGAAGUAAUUUUAUCGCGUCGCGUGUGUUUGCUUGCGGGUUUCUCUGGGCGGCUGGCUUGGAGAAGUGACUAGUGAUAUCUCUGUAGUUAUUUGCUGUUGUGUACAUUCCGAUUUGAAAGUAGCAGAAGGAUUCGACCUCAACCAGCAAUCCGGAUACAGCUGGACACGGAUUCGGGGUUUACUGUCAACUAGUGACAGCACCAGGUCACAGUUCCGCCGUUUCAGUUUAGGGAGCCGCCAGACGCUGAAUUUGCCCGAGACCUCCUGCUGAUAAAAGUACCCGAGUAGAGGGAAAAUUUUGGAACAACAUUUCUAUUGCCAGGCUUCUUGUUUGUACGUAUACGGUGAAAAUCUGGGUGCGGUGUGUAUAAAAUAUUUCGGUCGAGUUCUGUGUGGGAGAUAAAUACUGCUGCAUCGUGAUCCUGGGAAGGAGAAGUUUUUCUGUUUUUGUUGGGAAAAUUAAUCUUGGCUAAAAAAGCAACAGCAAAAAAAUAACAGUGCGCUCAAAGCUCCCGAAGGAAUACCAGAGUGGGUUUUGAUUAUUUUUUUUCCUCGUCUGCAUUUGUGUGAGAGUGUGGUUUCUGUGUUCCUGGCUGUGUAUUUUGGUUGCCUCUAAUCGAAUAUUCUUGAGAGGCCUUGAAGCGAUAAGAGUGAUAUCAGCAAAAUCACCCCACAAAAAAAGAAGCGCUUCCUCCCGCAUCCGAUAUCCCUGGAAUAGUUCGAGAGCAGCUGCCCCUAAAAAAAGGUGUUAGAAAAUUGGGAUCACUUUGCUAAAUCACCACCUUCACCGAGGAGAAAUCACGCAAAGACGCGCCACGACGUUGUUAGUCAUCGCCGAAUAAUCAUGGGGAAAUUGCUGAGUCUGUUGGCACGCGAUGAGUCGACCUGCUGUACCCCGAAGACCUACGAUGUGUUCCUGGAUUUCGAGAACGCAGCCCCCACCGAUCUGGAACGGGAAGUCUACGAGGAGGUCGACCGGGUGCUGAAACAGUCCGAGAUCGUCCUGGACGAGAUUCAGUGCUACAAGGGUGCCGGUAAAGAAAUCCGCGAAGCCAUCGCCGACCCGUCGCCAGAAUGCCAGGAAAAGGCGUGGAACAUCGUGAUACCUCUGGUGGAGAAGCUGAAACGGUGCUACGAACACUCGCUGGAGCUGGAACGGAUAGUGCCGAUGCUGCUGGGUCAGCUGGUCGGAGGACGCCUCAAUCCCACCCAGCACCUCGAGACACAGCAAGCCCUCGUCAAACAGCUGGCCGAGAUACUGGAGUUUGUGCUGAAAUUUGACGAAUACAAGAUGAAAACACCCGCCAUCCAGAAUGAUUUCAGUUACUACCGGAGAAUAGCCAGUCGGCAGCGGCUAGAUCAGACCAAUGAGCUGAUCGUGAGCACAGAGCUGGCGAAUCGGAUGUCACUGUUCUAUGCCCACGCGACCCCGAUGCUCAAGGUACUAAGCGAAGCGACCUCCAAAUUCGUGCAGGACAACUCGGAUAAUGUGGACAACACGACGGAAACGCUCGGUACCAUGGCCAAAGUGUGCCUCCGGAUGCUGGAGAAUCCCAAACUACUGGCCCAGAUCGAGCGCGAGGAAACCCACCUGCUGCUGCUGAGGGUGAUGGUAGGCCUAGUGAUCCUGUACGAUCAUGUCCACCCGGUCGGAGCCUUUGCCCGGGGAGCCCACGUAGACGUCAAGGGAUGCGUACGGUUACUUCAAGCUCAACCCGCCGUCAAAGCCGAACCCCUGCUCAAUGCUCUCCGGUACACAACGAAACAUCUCAACGAAGACAACACCCCGAAGAACAUCCGGAAUCUGCUGGCGGCAUAAGCUGGAUGUGGAUCGUCCGUUCGUCUUCGUUCGUUCUUUACUUUUAUGAUUGCGAACUGUGUAAUGUCAAUUUAGUGAUUUUAGUUUUUAAGGUCGUAUUUACCUUUAUUUGCCGUUUUCUGAUUGCGAUCAUUACGGUAAGGUUUUUUUGAGUUUAGUUUUUCGUUACUCUUUUUAUAUCUAGCCGACAAUUAACUUAAAAAUUACAACCAUAAAAUAAUAUAUUUUUCAAGGUUGCCUAAAUUUACGAUUUAGGCGACGAACAAAAUGCGUUAAGGUGAGUUAUGUAAGAACAAAAAAAAAUCGAACGUAUAGUUGAAAUUUAAUUUAAAUUAAGCUUAGAGAAAACGAAUAAACUUUAAUCUGUGCGGAAUAGAAGAAAUAUUUUCUUUUCUUUGUUUUCGUAGUUAAAAAUAUUUAAACUAAAUUUAUUCAAUUAUCAAACAAAUUUAACUAUAGUAGCUAAAAAAACGCGCAAUCGUUAAACACAAAUGAUACAAUAAAACAUUUUACUAAAUCAACCAAAAAAAGUGACAGAGAAGGCAGAAAAAACCUAACAUGUAAAUCAAAACAUGAAACUAAAAGGAAAGAAAUAAUCCAUACUAAGUUCGAUUGAAGCAGAAUAGAUUGUAAGGGGCAAGUAAAAAAAACCUAUCAUACUUUUGUCAUCACAAAUUGUUAUCGCCUAUAAUAUAUUCGAGAUCGAGAUAAACGUCACUAUUCGAAGCGCUAAUUGCAUGUUGUAUAGAACAAAUAUUUUGAGAUUAUGUUCGUAAACGAGUUUUCUCAUCAUCACUCUAUUCGAAACCGAAACGGACGCACAUGGCAAACAAAACUAACUUGUUUGAUCGAACAACAAUUGCUUUAAAUUAUAUGGGUUUUGACUGAUCACGUUUUUGUCUCAAAAAUAAUACAACAAGAACAAAGAAAGAUUACCAAAUGUGUUCCUCUAUACACGGCAGAUUGAGCAACUCAGUUUAAGAUUACAAAUCAAAAUCAAAUUAAACCAAACACUGUCAUUUGAAAACAAAAAACGAAUCCUACACACUUUUGCUUCUGAGUAGUCACACCGAUUUAUCAAAAAAGUAAUUAAUUAAAAGUAUAAAAGAACUGCAUUAGAUUUGCCCCCAUAUUUCCGAUUGUUUCUGAAAUGAAAGCGACUAUACAUAGUCUGUAAAUCUUACCAGUGAUAAAAUGGUACAAUCGAAAGUUGACUUGCUUUCGCGCCGGUUCAAUUUUUCCAUUGUAUUCUCUAAAUGGAACUAUAUAUUCUUCUUACCUACUACUUAUCGAUAAGAGCUAUAAAGUUAGCAAAAGCUGAGCGAUUCAGGCGAAUCGGGUAACAAAAAAAAAAAAAAAACACGGAAUGGUUAACAGUUUUGUAAGAGGAUGCGAGCGUUUUUUUCUGUCUCUAUAAACGGAUAAAAGGUUCAGCAUAGGCAUUUAAACACUAUCAAAAGUCCUGUUUAGAAUUCUAAGAUCAAAUCGAACAUUUAUACACAACACGCAAAACCAGUCAGAUCAGGUCUAGGCACUUGCGCACUCUAGUAAUCUAGGAACAUGCUGAACAAAAUCACUCACCAAAAAAAUAGCACUUGAAUAUGUUGACUCAAGAAGAAAACGAACAAUAUCUAUAGACAACUGCACAGAAGAAAGAUGAAGAUAAAAAUCAGAACUAGACGUAGUAUUCAUAUGCAACAUUGCGUGAAAAUCAUUUAAAUAUGAAGUUUUCAGCCAAAGCUGAACCGAAAGAGAGCGUAGGGUAUGAUUUUGUGGACACAAACCGAAACAUACAAAGAAAAAAAAAUAAUCAAGAAACAAGUAACAGAGCGAGCUGGGGAACGUCGUUAAAAGUGAAUAUACGGUUUAUGAAAUACCAAAGUCGAGAAUAAAAUUCAAACAAGUGAUGUAAAAGUCUAUAGAA